CCAGCUGGUAGUGACUAGAAGACAGUUCAAGGAUCCAAACUGGAGGGAAGCAUGCGCAUCAGCUGGCCAAGCAUUUCGCCGGCAAGCCAGACUCCCUCUCGAAUCCGAAUUUCGGCAAAGGUCAUACCGUCAGUGUCACGUUCGACGCUGCCGGUUCCAGCCACGCGGUUACGGUUCCUCCUGUGUGAGGUCAUUUGAAGAACACCGAUUCUGGGUGCCAGACUAGUCAAGUGGUCAGCUGUAGUUCCAUGGCUAUCGCCCGGAAGCAGCUGGAAUAAUCCUCUUCUUUAGAAGAGCCAAGUAAAUCCUACAAGUGUUGUUGGCUUGAAGUGGUUGGCGUACAACUCACAGUCCAAAGUAGUGGAGUGUUUGCGGUGUUGGUCACAUUACGACCAAAUUUCUCCUCACCGACCGACCGUCCUGCAGGCAAGCCAAAAUCCGCUGUGCACGUGAUCGAAGCAGAAUCGUUCUCUUUUUCAACGCCACAAGCUUCUCUUGGUCGUGAUGUCCCCAAACAAUUUCGCAAGAUAUCUAUGAUUUUGCGGGGCGGUUUUCGUUUCCUUUUGUUCAAACAAAAGAAUAUCAUUCCGCCAGAGAAGCUGUGAGAUUGUGUCGUUGCGAUAAUUCUCUCCCCCACUUGAGGUGAAAUACUAACUUAUUACUCACAGAGAUUAGUACGACGGCCGGUUCCACUGAGUGGAGACGUUUGGUAGUAGCGUUUUUUCUUCAGUUGAUACAUUGGAUCAUUGCGAAGUGGGCGCGUUACGAGAAGAUCUUACUGAAUUUUUCGAAAAUCAUGGAAAAGGCUCGGUUUCGCCACGUGUUGGACCUCUCCAAGGAGGAAAAGCGCGCCUUUCUGGAUUCGUUCGACAUGGUCAUGUCGGAUUGUGAUGGUGUCGUGUGGAACUUCACCGGACCAAUUCCGGGCGUGGAUCGGGCGCUGCAGCUGCUGAAAGCCAGAGGAAAACGGCUGGCGUUUAUUUCCAACAACGGAAUGAGAACCAUGGACGAGUACAGGCAAAAGUUCCACGAGCUCGGCGUUGAUGAACAGGACCAGGACAUUGUCCAUCCGGCGCUGACCACGGUCAAGUACCUGAAGUCGGUCGGGAUGCAAGAUGCGGUUUACUGUAUUGCCACCGAGGUGUUCAAGGACUACUUGCGGCACGCGGGAUUCCAAGUUUUGGAUGGGCCAUACGAUCGCCUCCCAGAUGACCGCGUCGCCAACCCGGUCCGGAUCUUCACCGAGUACUUCCAACCGUCCGAGCCCAAGGUCGGUGCCGUCCUGGUCGACCUGGACGUGAACGUUUCGCUGGCCCACCUCAUGAAGGCCAAAUGCUACCUGGAGCGCAGCCCGGACUGUUUGCUGCUGGCCGGUGCCACCGACUAUAUCGUUCCGCUGGGCACCCGGAUGGACAUCAUCGGCUCGGGCUACUUCAUCGAGGUGCUGGAAAGGGCCACCGGGCGGAAGGCACUGGUGCUGGGCAAACCGGGUCAGGCCCUGGCAGAGUUCAUUAUCGAACAGUUCCACGUGACGCACCCCGAGCGGACACUGUUCAUCGGCGAUAUGUUACCUCAGGAUAUGGGGUUCGGCACGCGGUGUGGCUUCCAGAAGCUGCUAAUGCUGAGCGGGGGCACCACCAAGGAAAUGCUGUUCGGCCACGGAAUGGAGCACGAACUGCCCCACUACUACGCGGACAGUUUUGCGGACUUUGUGCAGCUGUACAAGGACGUGGAAGAUUGAGCUUGGUGUUUAGAAUCGAACAAAUCAAACAAAAUACAAACUAGAUGAAAUUUGACACACAACCUUAAUAGAUUAGUUAAUUAAAUAAAUUAAAAUGCGGUGUGAUAAAAAGAACCACUUCAAAGAAGAAACGCUAACAAAGCUGUAUGAAUGUUUCUGAUAAUUGUUAGAGAAUAUAAGAAUAAAAUAUAAGCUAUAAUUAGAGCUUGGAUCAAUUA